AGCCGCUGGUUGGACAGAUGUCUUCAGCUCUGGGUCUUCUCCGCCCUCGCGGGCGUGUUUCAAUCCUGGCGGCCGGGCCCUAGGGAGACCGUGGGCGAUGUCACUGCUGUGUCUCAGGACCCUUUCCUGACAUACCGCCGCCGGGAGCAUGCGGAUCCUCGUCGGUCGCAGCUGGGGGCGCGGCCUUGCCCUCGCGCCGUGGGCCACAGGGGCCGCGCAUCGGAGCCUUCCAGGGCCCGGGUCUUGGGCCCCCGACAGGUCCUACAGCUCUGCAGACCUCAAGGAAAAACUUGACAUGUCUAGAUUUUCUGUUGAAAAUAUCAGAAAUUUUAGUAUUAUUGCACACGUGGAUCAUGGCAAAAGUACUUUAGCAGACAGGCUCCUUGAACUAACAGGGACAAUUGACAAAACAAAGACUAAUAAGCAGGUUCUUGAUAAAUUGCAAGUGGAACGAGAAAGAGGAAUCACUGUUAAAGCGCAGACAGCUUCUCUUUUUUACACUUGGGAAGGAAAGCAAUACCUUUUAAAUCUCAUUGAUACACCGGGCCAUGUUGAUUUUAGUUAUGAAGUAUCCCGGUCACUUUCGGCCUGCCAGGGCGUUCUACUUGUGGUUGAUGCAAAUGAGAUUUCUGCUAAACUUGGAACAAAUGUUGAAAGUGUUCUUCAGGCAGUUAUUGAAAGAAUACCCCACCCUAAUGUACAUCGCAAAAAUCCCUUGAGAGCUUUGGUCUUUGACUCCACCUUUGAUCAGUACAGAGGUGUGAUAGCCAAUGUAGCAUUAUUUGAUGGAGUGGUUUCUAAAGGAGAUAAAGUUGUGUCUGCACAUACGAAAAAAACAUAUGAAGUUAAUGAAGUAGGAAUUUUGAAUCCCAAUGAGCAGUCAACUCAAAAAUUAUAUGCAGGACAGGUGGGCUAUCUGAUUGCUGGGAUGAAAGAUGUCACUGAAGCACAAAUAGGAGACACAUUAUAUUUACAUAAACAACCAGUGGAGCCCUUGCCUGGGUUUAAAUCAGCGAAACCAAUGGUAUUUGCAGGAAUGUACCCCGUAGACCAGUCUGAAUAUAACAACCUGAAGAGUGCUAUAGAAAAACUGACUUUAAAUGACUCCAGCGUGACAGUUCAUCGAGAUAGUAGCCUUGCUCUGGGUGCAGGCUGGAGGUUGGGCUUUCUUGGACUUUUGCACAUGGAAGUUUUCAACCAGCGAUUAGAGCAAGAAUAUAAUGCAUCUGUUAUAUUGACAACACCUACUGUUCCGUACAAAGCUGUCCUUUCAUCAGCAAAACUCAUAAAGGAGUACAGGGAAAAAGAAAUUACAAUCAUCAAUCCUGCACAAUUCCCUGAUAAAUCAAAAGUAACUGAGUAUUUGGAGCCAGUUGUUCUGGGCACUAUCAUCACACCAGAUGAAUACACUGGAAAAAUAAUGAUGCUCUGUGAGGCUCGAAGAGCAAUUCAAAAAAGCAUGAUGUUUAUUGAUCAAAAUAGAGUUAUGCUUAAAUAUCUCUUCCCUUUGAAUGAAAUUGUGGUAGAUUUUUACGAUUCUUUGAAGUCUCUAUCUUCUGGAUAUGCUAGUUUUGAUUACGAAGACGCAGGCUACCAGACUGCAGAACUUGUGAAAAUGGAUAUUCUCCUGAAUGGAAAUACUGUAGAGGAACUAGUCACUGUUGUACACAAAGACAAAGCAUACUCAGUUGGCAAAGUCGUAUGUGAACGCCUAAAGGAUUCUCUCCCUAGGCAGCUGUUUGAGAUAGCGAUUCAGGCUGCUAUUGGAAGUAAAGUUAUUGCAAGAGAAACUGUGAAAGCCUACAGGAAAAAUGUUUUGGCAAAAUGUUAUGGUGGUGAUAUUACUCGGAAAAUGAAACUUCUGAAGAGACAAGCAGAAGGAAAAAAAAAACUGAGGAAAAUCGGCAACAUUGAAGUUCCAAAAGAAGCUUUUAUAAAAGUUCUGAAAACACAAUCUGAUAAAUAAUUGUUGGGAAAAUAUAAAGAAUUUUUAUAAAUUAAAAACCGUAUCUUUUUCUCAUAGCCUUUUAUGGUAUGUUGAUAAUAGAAUACAAAUUAUAAAAUUUGCUUGUUACUUUCAGGGUUUUGGGGCUUAAACAACCUCUACUGGCUUUUCUUUGAAUGGGAUUAGUAAAUGGAUGGGGAAGAGCUGCUUAAAUUCUGAAGCCAUAAUGCCUGGUUUCAAGUUUCUGUUCCAACUACGCAUUAGUAAAGUGACCUUGGCCAAAGUGUGUAAUUAACCCUUUGUUUCCUCUUUGGUAAAACUGAGGUUAUACUACUACUACUACCACCACUAUAGAUUGCUGUGAAGAUUACAUGAAAAUAACAUAUAUUAAAAUUUUCAGAAGCAUGCAUAAUACUAGUAAGCAUUCAGUUUAAUUAUAACUACAGUUAAAUCCUCACUUAAUGGCAUCAACAGGUUCUUGAAAACUGCAAUUUGAAGUGGAAUGUAGCAGGUCCUGGAGUUACAUGGUUUCUUUCAAAGUAGUUAUAUUACAAUGCUGAGAAAAAUUGAUUUCCUUAUAUGUACUUUGAAAGUUACAGUUUCCUAAAACCUGUCAUCAAUAAUGUUAAGUACUGAACUAUAUUUUGUUUGGGGCAUACUUUUUUUUUUACUGACAUUAAAGAGCCCCAUGCUGAAGAUA